CCCUCGGGUGUGGUUCCAUCGGUUCAGUGAUGAAUCGAAAGAGUGCAGUCGAGGAAGUCCUCAGCGCCAUGGUUCCGUUCUCCUUUUUCUCCCAAUAAUGUAAAUUCACCUUUUUUUAAAAAAAAGAAAAGUGCCCAAGUGAAGCAGCGCGCGCCGGUGGCGGGAGAUGCGGCUUCGCCAUGGGAAACGUGUUCGGCAAGAGGAAGCGCGCGACCCGCGUGACGGAGCAGGACCGCGCCGUUCUGCAACUGAAGCAGCAGAGGGAUAAGCUCAGGCAGUACCAGAAGAGGAUCACACAGCAGCUGGAGAAGGAGCGCCUUCUCGCCAAGCAGCUGCUCAAGGAUGGGAAGAAAGAGAAGGCCUUGCUCCUGCUGAAGAAGAAGCGCUACCAGGAUCAGCUGUUGGACAAGACGGAGAACCAGAUCAGCAACCUGGAGCGCAUGGUUCAAGAUAUUGAGUUUGCCCAGAUUGAAAUGAAAGUCAUUGAGGGCCUGAAGGUGGGCAAUGAUUGCCUGAAGAAGAUGCACGAGGUGAUGUCCAUCGAGGAGGUGGAGAAAAUCCUGGAUGAGACCCAGGAUUCCAUCGAGUAUCAGAGGCAAAUUGAUGACAUGCUGGCAGGCGCUCUGUCACAGGAGGAUGAGGACGCUGUGCUGGCAGAGCUGGAGGCCAUUACUCAGGAGGAGGGUGUUGCACUCCCAGAAGUUCCUGAGGAGCCCCUACCAGAGCUGCCCAAAAAGGGUGCAGAGGGCGAGAGGGUGAUGAAACAGAAGAAGGAGAUGCUUGCAGCUUAGCAGAGCUAACCUGGGGUCUGCAAGCUUCCUAGCUCUUGUAUGGCCACACACACGCACACACCUAUCUCCAUGGCUUCAGGCUGGGUUUACUGAGAGGGUUUCAAUAGUUUGGAGUGCGUUCCCCCCUCUUUCCUUGCCUGCAUGCCCGUGUGAAAAUAAUAGUGCUCUUCAUUAUUGUUCCCCUCUCUUAGUGUUCUCUAAUUAUGAUCUCUGGCUCUUAUUUGAAUAAGGUUUAAUCUAGUUUGAUUAGGAUGAUGGAGCUCCUCAUCCUACUGAUUCACACUGCUAGCCCUUGUUCUGAUUAUCAUACUGUCAGGAGAACUCGUGAGCCUGCUGAAGGACUGAAAAUGGAACCGUGAACCUGGUCUCAGGGUGGACUUCUGUAAGGUGUAUUUUGGGAAACAGUCUUUCUGCCCUUUUCUUAGCUCUUCUGCUCUUGGUUUUGUAUGUUAAACCUCCCAUAAUCAUAUUUUCUGUCUAAAUCCAUACUAAUCAAAGGAGCAAUGUCUUCUUAUAUUCAGUCUUAUAUAUGAAUGUAUUAAGUAUCAGUCCUCUGUCCAAUCCACUGUCAAACUUGCAAAGUGAAGAUCAUAUCUUCAUUCUAUUCAGAAAAUUACAUUAUCAGUACUGUUCAGAAUGGAUGGAGAGAAGGCUAUCUCCUUAAAGAUGGAGCACUAGCAGCUGACUAAACAUAACUCUGUAACAAUAUGCUCUAGGUUGUUUGUAAGAAUUUGUAUGAUCAAUAAAAUUGUUUUGAUUUAUUUCCAGUGC